AUGCUGACCACAUCAGGGCCUCCUUUAAGACAGCAUGGACGGGCAUGUUUGGACAUGUAUGGACGUCAGCGUGCACCUGAUUGGUCCAUUUAA